AUGUUUCUAUUGUACUCCAUUGAUCUUCCUCUCUGUUUCUGUACUAAUAUCAGGGUUGAUAUUUCAUCCGCACAGCUACAGCACUUUGAUUGGCAGUUAAAGCUUGCACUUUCUAGUGACAAGAUUGCCACACUACAAAUGCCACUAUUAAACCUACAUCUAGAUGUCAAAGAAAAUGGUGAAAUAAAACCAUAUUUUAUUGCAAUGAGUAAGGAAGAACUCCAGAAUAUGAUAACUUCCUUGGAAGCAGCUAACAAGGUGGUCCUGCAGUUGAAGUAACUGGAAGUGUCAAAGCCCCAUGCUGACAGGUGUACGCUG